GGCGCUAUCCCAACUUAACCGUUGCUAUGCGAAAUUGCAUGUUUUGUGUUUUCGGUUUCUUUUUAAUCUUUUCAAGAUAACAACGGAUUUUUAUAUUAGUUUUACGUUCUGAGCGAGUUGUAACAAAGCAUUAGUGUCUUUUUGUAUAAAACUGUAUGCUACUAUGGCUGAUCCUAGGGUGAAACAAAUUAAAAUAAAAACAGGUGUUGUCAAGAGGCUUGCAAAAGAGAAAUUAAUGUAUGAAAAGGAAGUCCAAAAAGAAAAAGCAAAGCUUGAAAAAAUGCAAGCUACAGGAGAAGAUAGUUAUUUGGUGAGAAAGCAGGAAGAAGUCGUCAAAGAAUCUAUCAUGAUGAUCCCUGAUACAGUGAAACGCUACAACAUUGCUUAUACUGAACUAAAGGAAAUUCUUGAUAAUGAAUUAGAACUUGCUGAAAGUGAAGAAUAUAUAGCCGCUGCUGAAGUUUUGAAAGAGACAUUUAAAACUAUUGAAGCAUCUAAUUGAAGCAUCAUUAGUAUUUUGUAUUUCAUGUAUGUUACUUGUAUAUUGUGAUUACCAAUAUUUUUUGUACAUUAUUUUGAAGUAAUUAUAUAUUAAUUACUGUUGCCA